GGUGAAAAACAAGAAAACCUUUCGCACACAUGGAGGAGAAUAAUUCCCAGAUACUCGAAAAUGCCCACGCUGAGUUUAAAAGGGAGAAUUUUAAAAUGGCAGAGGAGCUGUACACAAAGUUUAUCUCUUCCUGCUUACAGUCCAGGGACUGUGAAGCAAGCAGUUUAGCAACUGCUUAUAACAAUCGCGGGCAGAUAAAGUACCUCCGGGUGGAUUUUCGUGAAGCGGUGGAUGACUACACCUCUGCGAUACAAGCUGACAGCCAGUUUGAAGUGCCUUUCUACAACAGAGGACUAAUUCAUUAUAGAUUAGGCUUUUUUGACGAUGCCAAGAGCGAUUUCCAGCAGGCAUUAAAGCUCAACCCGGAUUUUGAAGAUGCCAAAGUAAGCCUUCGGCAGACACUUCUGGACCAGGAGCACAAGAUAAACAGGGGAUACUGACAGCUUCUGAACCUACGUGUCAUGUGGUUCUGAUAACAAAAUGUACACCAGUGCACUUAAUAUCAAUAAUUGUCCAACUGUUUUUAUUCGCUUGUCAUUUUUUUGUUUUUAAAUAUAAAGUGAUUUGCACAAACAAAGACAGAGCUGAAAAUCAGAGGAUAAUUGAUCAGAUGAAGCAGACGUCCCACUGGAUCAGGGGCCACAGUUGAUGGAUUUUUAUUAAGAAGAGCAUUAAUAUUCCUUUUUCGCACCGACUCAAGCUCCUCUCAGUUAGUGAAAAAUUGAUAUCCCUUUAUAAAGGGCCGUAUAAGACUGUGACUGGACACUGCAGAUUUAUCGACCCAUCAGGUGAAAGCCUGAUAAAUGUUGGAGCACCCUGUUGAAGUUUUUAGGAGAGGCUUUGUGACUUUAAAUGAACCCUAAUAAGAAGCUGACAUAAAAUAAUAAUGAGGAAUGUCUCAGCUGCAUAAAGCACACUUUGUGUCCUAAAUUGAAGCUCAGACACAGCUUAAGUUUUAAUACAACAAGGUGAUGUGGUUUUAAAGGAAGGAAGUCAGCAAAUAUAGAAACAACAAACAUACACAGAAGACAUUAUAAAUAUAAUAUAGACAAAUGUAAAUAGAAUCACAAAUCAAUGACUAAUAAAUUAUUUAAUGACACAUGUCUGUCUCGCGCUUACUUAUUCACACAAAUACAGAUUUUGUGAUGUCCUACGAGAAGCAAAGGCAUCAUAAGUGGAGCCUCCCCACAGUGAGUGAGGCAGGAAGCAUCACUGAUGCGUUUCACCUGUGCAGAGGUGAUUACCUGCUGUAUAAAACAGCUGCUGACGCCUGAGUGAAGCAGUCAGCUCUUUUGUGUCGGAGCUGGUUUGUUGGUGGCAGGUCUUGCUGGGGGUUUCAAUGCCAAGCUCUGGUUGUGGUUGGUUUCAGUAAUUUUUUUUUUUUGCAUGGUUACAUUGACUCUGCAACAUGUGGCGGCUUAAAAACAUGUAAGUUUAAGUUUAGUCUUUAGUUUUCUGAUGGUUAUUCUAACUUUUCUAAAAUGUGCAUCUUUUUUUUUCCCCCC